AUGUAUAAGAAACUGGCUAUUGCCACACUGCUCUACUCCGCAGAUUAUUUGCCAGGUGUGUUUGCCCUUGGUUAUCAGGUAAAUAAACUGUUAGAGGAAACAGGCAAAAAAGAUAGCAUUGAAACAUGCCUUAUUGUGACGACUCCCUUAUUUAAUGACACUUUAAGCGACUUAGCCAAGAAUAUUUUACAAUCAUUAUACGCCAAGAUUGUGUUAGUAAACCCUUUAGAGUACCAAGAGGAAAGCAUACAGAGGAAUAGUGAAAAUUUAGCCCUUUUGGAGAGACCUGAAUUAGCUUUUGCUUUAAUCAAGGCAAGACUAUGGGAAUUAACUCAAUUCGAACAAGUCCUUUACUUGGACUCGGACACUUUGCCUUUGAACGAGGAAUUUUUAAGCCUAUUUGACAUUAUGUCCAACCAAACCAGGUCACAGGUGGGUGCUAUUGCUGAUAUUGGCUGGCCUGAUAUGUUUAAUAGCGGUGUCAUGAUGCUAAUACCGGAUGCUGACACUGCGUCCGUUUUACAAAAUUAUAUUAUUGAAAACACUUCAAUUGAUGGUUCUGAUCAGGGCAUCUUAAACCAAUUCUUCAAUCAAAACUGUUGCACUGAUGAGCUACUCAAAGAGAAUUUUUCUCGAGAGUGGGUACAGUUAUCGUUUACAUAUAAUGUAACCAUUCCUAAUCUAGGCUACCAAUCUUCACCUGCUCUGAAUUAUUUUAAACCUACCAUCAAGCUGAUUCAUUUCAUUGGGAAACAUAAGCCAUGGUCAUCGUGGUCUCAGAAGAAUUUCAUCAAAAACGAAUACCAUGAUCAAUGGAAUGAAGUAUACGAAGAAUUUAAGGAAGAACAUAAAUUAAAUGUCGAAGUUUCGAAACCAGAUUUUAGUAAUUUUAAUGUAACUGAGACUGCUCAAACAGCAACUCCAGUAGAAGCCCCUAAAACCAACGAACCCUCCCCAAAUCAAGAGGUCGAGGCAAUUAGCGCACCGGUGGAAAAUGUGCACAACAAGAACAGCGAGCCAGUCCCUAAUCCUGUUCCAUUGGAUUUUACCAAAUGGUUGACAACUUUUAUUAACAAAGAUCACCUGACCAACCAACCAAAAAGUGAAAGCAGCGAAUACCAGAAAGAGAAUAAUAACAAUACAAACAUCAGCAAUUCAAAUCGCGACCGAGAAAAUUCUUCGAGUUGUACACAAGAGUCAAACAGUUCCUCUAACGACGUAAGCGUCCAAGUUAGAAGCGAUGAGCAACAAAAUGCGGAAGGGGACGGUGGUGCAACAGAUAACACUUCAAAUUCUGGACAAGAAAGUCCACUGGAUGAUAUACAUGAGGCUGAUACUUCCAACAAUGAUGCAUGUGCCCAGCCAGCUAACAAAAGUUAUAACACCUCUAAAGAGAAUGAUGUUAGUGUCGAUUCUAGCCCUAUAAAUUCAGAGCACAAAAGUUCAACAAAUGAUAUACAAGAACCUAACGAUUCUAAUAAUGACUUACCAUGGAAUGUGGAACAGCAUGCGCCCAUCGAUAACAAUAUACAGUACUUAGAAAAAGAAAAGGAAGGUUACGAAGAAUUCCUUCCAGAUGUGUACGAAUCAGAUGGAAUCGAUAACCAAGAAGAAUUUUUUGAUGACGAUGCAAGGGAUGCUACCGAAGGAGGAGCAAAGUUGAGUCCAGUUGCACAUACACAGGAGGAUGUAAAGCCCACAGAAAAGGAAGCCAGCAAAUCGCAACAAGAAAUGCCCAACUUCAGGUUUGACUGGGAAAAUUCUGAUUAUCUAUCCAAAGUAGAGAGGUGUUUCCCUGAUGACAUCUUUGAAUAUGCAGUAGAGUGA